ACUGAGCUGCUUCCCUCCAGACGAGGGGACGCUCCGUGUGGUGGUGGGACCCCGGCCGGCUCCUCCCUUGCUUCCUGUGCUCCCCGGGAACAAAGGUGGGGCCACAAACGGGAGCCCUGGGCAGCCUGCUGGCAGUUCGCUUCCUGCACCCAGCGUGGGCCCUCCCUGGGGAGGGGCUGAGCCCGCCCUGCUCAUGAUAAGGCGCAAGGGCUGCCCUCCGAAGAAAGCUCCAAAGAGAAAGCAAAGGGGGAAGGAAGCACUCACUGAGCUGCAGGUGUUUAGACUGAGGCCAGGAGUGGCUGACACUCCAACCCCUCCGCACCUGCAGCCCCCAAACCCUUACAGGCAAGGUCACCACAGGGUCACUUCUACUUGAACGUGGGCAGCCUACAAGGCCCCGGCCCCCUGCCCGCCGUGCCUCCUUCCCAGCCUCCGGAGAGCCGCCACAGCCAUGGCGGGGAUGAAGACGGCCACCGGCGACUACAUCGACUCGUCCUGGGAGCUGCGGGUGUUCGUGGGAGAGGAGGACCCGGAGGCCGAGUCUGUCACCCUCCGGGUCACAGGGGAGUCGCACAUCGGCGGGGUGCUCCUGAAGGUCGUGGAGGAGAUUAAGCGCAAGCAGGACUGGUCAGACCACGCCAUUUGGUGGGAGCAGAAAAGACAAUGGCUGCUGCAGACGCACUGGACGCUGGACAAGUAUGGCAUCCUGGCCGACGCCCGCCUCUUCUUCGGGCCCCAGCACCGGCCCAUCAUCCUGCGGCUGCCUAACCGCCGGGCCCUGCGCCUGCGAGCCAGCUUCUCCCAGCCCCUCUUCCAGGCCGUGGCCGCCAUCUGCCGCCUCCUCAGUAUCCGGCACCCUGAGGAGCUGUCUCUGCUCCGGGCUCCUGAGAAGAAGGAGAAGAAGAAGAAGGAGAAGGAGCCGGAAGAGGAGUUGUAUGACUUGACCAAGGUCGUCCUGGCUGGGGGCGUGGCACCUGCAUUGUUCCGGGGGAUGCCAGCCCACUUCUCAGACAGCGCCCAGACCGAAGCCUGCUACCACAUACUGAGCCGGCCGCAGCCGCCGCCGGACCCCCUCUUGCUCCAGCGCCUGCCUCGGCCCAGUUCCCUGUUGGACAAGACCCAGCUCCACAGCAGGUGGCUGGACUCCUCGCGGUGCCUCAUGCAGCAGGGGAUCAAGGCCGGGGACAUGCUCUGGCUGCGCUUUAAGUACUACAGCUUCUUCGACCUGGAUCCCAAGCUCCCAAGCAUCUCGGACUCCUGCCUGAACCGGAAGUUGUGA